UUACCGAGUCAGGCACUUCUUUCCCAAAGUUCCCAAGUCUUCUAUGAGACUUUAUCCCGAAGGACAGUACUAGUACUGCCACUGCCAGCAAGCCAUGGCAAGUCUUCUCGUCAAAGUCCUGAGUGUUAUGACUCCCCCGCCUUUCAUUCAACCAACAGACUAUGAUGGUUGGCAAGUUAAAUGGAAAUUUUUGGUUUUUCGUCCAGGGCUCUUUCAGAAUCAGGCGUAUCUCUUAGUCGGAUUACUGGCAUAUGUAGCCAUAGCUAUCUAUGGCAAAUAUGUCAACUCCAAAAGAGCCAAUGCCUGGUAUAAUGCUCACCUCCCACUCCUUCAAGAUCAGUUCUCUUCGCCUACAACAUCAUCAGGACUCAUUGCCGAUGGCUACACGGACUUUUUCAAUUUUUCCACUGGUCGACGUGCUAUCGCGUCACUCCACACUGUCUUCUCACUUCGCCCACGUCAAGAUCCCCUGCAACUUCUCUAUCAUUUCGCCUGGCAAAUGUACGACCUCAGAUACAGUCCAUACGAUGAACUCAUGCUCGACUUCAAACUCGAUGCAGAGAUGGCUGCCAGCAUUCCAGAUUAUGUAUGGGCAGUCCUCGCCAAGGAUGAAUUCGUCGGCAUCAAGGACAAACGCUGGGAUUUGACAUUCACCCGAACCGCCGAACAUGCCUCGCUGCCACCCUCGCUCUCCGUGAUGACCGAGUGGGCAGAUGUGACUGACAAUUUGUUCAAGGCUACUCCCAUGUUCUCCCUAACCAAGAUCCUUUCGGACCCUAUCAAUCUCAAAUACUUCAAGUCCAUUUCCGUUACGGAUCAGCCACGCGAACGUCCUGCUAUCCCACUGACACCCGCUGAACGCGAGAAACACAUCAUAUUGUGUCUUGCCGUCCCCCCUGCGGACAAGGCUGCCGAGACCAUUCCACUAAUCUCGGCCAUGUUUACGUUUAUUGAGGGCCUAACUAAGAUGAACCUGCGGCCGGAGACGCGGUCUAAGUUGAAAAAGGUCCGGGAAGACGUGGACAGAGAAAUUCGGGAAGAGGCCGUUAAGGAAAAGAAGGAGGAAGCGGCCGAAGAUAAGAAGGUCGCCAAACGGAAAGCAGAGCUGGAACGUAUUUCACGCCUGAGUGCGGCAGAACAGAAAAAGAUCGUCGAGCGUGAUCGGAAACGUGCCUUAAAACGUUCGCAAGGCAAGGUUGUUAGAAAAGCAUAAAUGUUCCAUUAAGAUCGCAUACAGCAAGGGUUAGUGUACAUAGAA